GCAACUGACUGACCCCAAUGAAACAAAUCCCUGAGGCUGCGGUGGAGGCUGAAGCAGCAGCGGAGGCAGAGGCCGUGGCUCCACAGCCAGAAAUACUAUGGGAGACCACAGGCUGCCAGGGAGCCAGGCCCGUCGGACACUAAAGCCAACAUCCCAGGACACUACUGUCAAGUCUAUGUGGAAAGACUCUUCCAAGUGUUUUUCAAAGCACAAGAAAGAGCAACUGAGGUUGCCUACCUCCUUGGAGAACCAGCACCGAUUCUAUGGUAAGGAACGGUCAGAUGACUUCAGGAAAGGCGGGACAUCGAGUGAAGGGCUGACCCCACGCAGCACAGAGGGUAUCUUUUUCCCAACAAUUUCUCGUAGAGUAUGUAGUCCCAUCGCCAACAAGAAUCAGCAAAAGUCAGCUGAUGAUUCAGGACUUUUAUACCCGCUUUUGACAGUCCAGCCAACACGUAGAACUUUCUGGGAUGACAUAAAUGCCCGCCACAAUCAACAGCUGCUUGCUCCAUGGCCUAGAGGAGAAGAAAAUUCUGCAGACAUAUUAAUUAAAAUGCUGGAAACACCGAAACCUAACCGGAUGCUGGAAAACAAGUGGCCGUAUUGGGAAGAUCACAGGGAAGCAACCAAGCAGCCCACCACCUCUGGCAACCAGUCUCAAGGAAAAUUCGAUCUGGAACAUCACAAGCUUCCCUGGACAUGUGAAGGCACUUGGCUCCACGAUGGUAAAUACAGAGGACAGGAUAUGCUUAGCUCUAUUUAUUAUAAAUAUAUAUACAAAGGAGGAAAUGACGAAUGGGCCCAAACUUACAGAGAUUCCAUGCAGCAUAUUGACACAGGAUAUGAAGGCCAAUCAAGCUAUGAAGACUCACCGUGUGUCAGGAGAACUGAUCUGUGUAAUUUUGACAUCAAGUAUGGUAGGAAAAUGAGCAAUGGGAAGGACACAUCAUUAUCUAAACAGGAGUCCAGCUUUGUUAUAAAACUCCAAACCCCACCAGAUCUUUGCAGAGUCAACAAACACAAAAGAUAUGAAUCACCAUUCCUGAAAAGCAACCAGUUGAAAACACUAGAAACAGAAGACUCUCUAACUGAUUCCAAUGAACUUGAACUUCAAGGUGAAAAUGCUGGCAACACAGAGAUCGCUGAGCAAGCCUAUGAACCAACUGACUGGAAGUACUUUAUAAGCAAGGAAGACACCACACCAAGCACCCUUGAACAGAUGUUUAUGAAGAAGGGAUGGGGUUAUGAAUGUUCUACUCCAACAUCAAAAAUGUUUAGGGAUUAUUAUUGGAUCAUGGAUUCAGAUGAUGAUGAUGAUGAUGAUGAUGAUGAUGAUGAUGAUGAUGAAGAGGAGAAGGAGAAAUUGAAGGAAGAGCAGACAGAAAAGAAGUAGACUUUCUAAUCAUAACUCAUUUGGCUAUAUCCAGUUCUCUUUUUACUCAUCAAUCAAGGUAUACAUCAUGAACUAAUUCUCACUGAACUUCUGCCUUGCCUUCACAUAAUACAUUACUUUAUCAGCUAUGAGAUGAAUAUUCACACAUACUUUUUUGACAUUAUUGUUGCAUUGAAGUACUACAUCAUUACAUUAAACAAUAUAAGACUGCAUAAGACCAUGAACAAAAAGCUAAUAUUAGGAAGAUCCCGGAUGACAUUAACAGUGUGAGAAGGCUAUCAAAACACCACAAUUGGAAGAAUAAAAGGAGACUUGUGCAGCUCUCUGUGGAUGAAAACUUAAUUAAAUAACUAGCGAUUGUUUUGUCAACUGAAACUUGAAAUCAAUAGCUAAAUAAAUGUGAAUUCAUCUUCUGUAA